AUGAGAUUUAUGACAAUUUCAAAUCUUUUAAAAUUAGUUCCUAUAGCUGAAUAUGUUGAUAAUAUAACUUAUUACAGUUUUAAUGGAAUUCAACUGGAUAGAUUCUUAGGAUCAAACAUAGUGAUCUCUUUUAUGAAAGAUAAACAAACUGUGCAAAAUCCCAAUAAAGAAGAUAACUCAGAAGAAGAGAAGGAUGAAAAGUAUGAUCAAGAUUUCAACCAUGAUGAUUUGAAUUAUGAUUUGAAAACACUAAGGGCUACCGGGUAUCCAGGGUCUCUAAGCAUGCAGAUAAUCAUAAGAAAAUCAAAAUUUCCACAGAGAAUCGAAAACAUUUAUGUUUCAGUGGAGCUGCCAUAUAGAGCUAACAAAUGA